AUGGCCGACAUGGGAAACCUUUGGGAAGAUUUGCGUAAACAGGCUCGACAGUUAGAGAAUGAGAUAGAUUUAAAACUGGUAUCGUUUAGUAAAUUAGGUACCAGUAUAUCAUCACAGAGAGACUAUGAAAGUGAUACUUCUCCUCUUAUUAAUAAAUCCAGUAGUGAACACAUGAUAGAAACAAUGGCCAUGGAAAUACAACAGUUAUUAUCAAAGUUAAAUGAAAUAAACGACAGAAUGGUGGAAUAUACACAAAAUAUAAGUUUGAAUUCCAACAGUGCAGCAUUAAUGCAUACCUUACAGAGACAUCGUGAUAUUCUACAAGACUAUUCACAUGAAUUCCAGAAAACACAAUCUAAUAUUACAGCUAUCAGAGAACGGGAGGAUUUAUUAGGUUCUGUACAUAGAGAUAUCAAUGCUUAUAAAAAUUCCUCUGGUAUGAAUAGAAGAACAGAUUUAUAUUUAAAAGAAAACGAACACAUUAGAAAUUCAGAGAGAUUGGUAGAUGAUCAAAUCAGUAUCGCUAUGGCAACUAAAGAAAACCUUUAUAGUCAGAAGAAAUUUUUAGGGGCAAUAUCUCAUAAGAUGAACACCAUAGCUAAUAAAUUUCCAAUGCUCAACAGUUUAAUGCAGAGGAUAAAUAUCAGAAAACGAAGAGACUCUAUAAUUCUAGGAGGUGUAAUAGCAGUGUGUGUUAUAUUAUUACUACUCUACGCAUUCCAUUGAUCCUGUCCAUAUAUCACCCAUUUGACUUUCAUCUUUUGUCAAUUCAAUUCAUGUGAUUUUUU